UUGUGUGCUGUACGGAACCCUCGAUGUUCCAGUCCGACUCGCAUUUAACCGGAUUUAUUAAGCUGUUAUCUAAGAUUAAUAAUAUAAUGCGAAAGUCUAAUCUAAGAUAAAGAUUAUUAUGUUAUUAGUUUUUAUUUUAAGUCUCAAAUUGCAAGUAUUGCAUUGCAGUCAUUUCAACAAACUGGUGCUCACAUUGUGAUCGGUCACAGUCGGCAUCAGUAAUAAUAUAAACUAAUAUAUAAUCGGCAUAUUGUAAUUGAAGUAGGUAUAAUAUCACUGUUAUAAUGAGUGGCAAAGUAAAAGUUCAGGAGUUAGAUUCCUCGACUCAGAAGCAAUUGACGACUCUUUUCGAAGGCUGGGAAUUUGCUUCAUUCGGAGAUAUAGGCUGCAUUAUGCCCACGACGUAUGCGGACGAAGCCGACACCUUUCUCAACAUUGCCGUCCGCCCAGACGACGUGUGGGUGAUCACUUACCCCCGGUCAGGAACAACUUGGACACAGGAACUGGUGUGGCUGGUUAAAAACGACCUCGAUUACGCGAGGGCUCUGAAGUUAGAUUUGCGAGAGAGAUAUCCCUACCUCGAAGGCACUCAUAUAAUCCGGACAGACCUACUAGGUCUCGCACCAGAGCAGCUCCAGAGAAUACAGACCCUCGGCGAGCUGGCCAUCACCACGCCCUCGUUCGAGCUGGUCGCCAACGCCCCCUCUCCCCGCUUCAUCAAGUCCCACCUGCCCCUCCCGCUCCUGCCCCCGAACCUGCUGGAAGCUAAGUUGGUGUACGUGGCGCGGGAUCCGAGAGAUGUGGCGGUGUCUUUCUUCCAUCUUAGUAGACGGAUUUUUAACUACGUUGGGGACUUUAAAACAUAUUGGAAUCUUUUUGUGAAAGAUUUGGUAUUGUAUUCUCCAUUUUUCCUUCAUCUAAAAGAAGCGUGGGCGCUGCGUCACCACAAAAACAUGCUGUUCAUCUUCUAUGAAGAUAUGACGAAGGACUUAUCUUCAGUUAUUAAACGAGUAGCAAAUUUCUUCGGCAAAGAAUUCACCAAUGAAGAAAUUGCACAACUUUGCCAGCACUUGGACAUAAAUAACUUCAGGAAUAACAAGGCGGUGAACUUUGAAGGGUUUCUAAAUAAAGAUGAUACUAAAGACAAGGUCUUCAUAAGGAAAGGUAAAUCAGGCGCGUGGCGCGAUCACUUUGACGAAGAGAUGACAGCCCAGGCGCAGAGCUGGAUGAACGAGAACCUCGCCGACACCGACCUGCGCUUCCCGAGCCACUCAGAAAUGUAGUAGAUCCUCUACACUACACGAUAACCCAGCGCUGGACCAGUGAGGUGGCCAUGCGAUGGUUAUGGAUCCUCUACACGAUGGACCAGCGCUGGACCAACGAGAUGGCCAUGCGAUGGUUGAAAGAACGCUCUACGGAACGGGCCACGUGUAGAUACGUGCGCACCAACGCUGGCCCACUACCUUUGAUGUGCGGACGAGAAACCGACACCGUGGCUAUCCCAUCGCCAUCCCGCCGCGCCAAAAGCCACCCGACACCACUACCCUCUCUACACGCUGGCCCGUCUUAGUGGGCCAGUAUGAUGGCCCAUCGUGUAUAU